AUGGUCCUCAAGAUCCGUCUCGCGCGCUUCGGCCGCCGCAAUGCCCCCUUCUACAACAUUGUCAUUGCUCACGCCCGCACGGCGCGCAACUCUCGUCCUCUUGAGGUCCUCGGCACGUAUGACCCUGUUCCGAAGCCCGAUCCCUACGAUAACUCGGGCAAGCUGCACAAGGAUAUCAAGCUGGACUCGCAUCGCGCCAAGUACUGGCUGGGUGUUGGUGCGCAGCCUACAGACACGGUGUGGCGCCUGCUCUCAAUGAGGGGCAUCUUGCCGAAGAAGACGUUUGGGCCGAAACCGACGGAGAAGAAUGCGGCUGUCGAGCCGACCAAGGUCAAGAUUCGGUAG